UAAAAGGCCCAAUUUUGUCGACCCCGUUCGUGUCCCCCAAGUCUGAACCCUGGGUUUUUGCCCACAUCGCCUCCUCUCUCCAGAAUUUCUCCGUCUCUCUCUCCGAUGGCGUGGCUCAACACCAUCUUCAAUUCUUCUUCGACAUUGAUCAAUGGCGGCUCUUCUCUAUUUCCCUAAGAUCUCUUCACAAAUGACUUCCUCACAUUUCUUCUCUUUCUCACCAAUGGAUUUGAGGAGACUCUCUCGCACAAGCUACUUAUUCACUCGCCGCUUGAAAUCCAUAGCGAAAGCUCGAAAAAGCUUCCAUACAACUCGAUACCUGCAACAGUGCGUUCAUCGGCUGGAUAAAUCGGAAGAGAUUUCCUCUGAUCGGCAUUUACACGAACGGUUAUCUUCAGUUUUGUCGAAGAGAUCUCUAGAUUACGAGCAAUGUAAACAACUGAUAACUGUUUUAUCGCCUCAUGAAUUCGAUAGGUUGUUUCCUGAGUUUCGAUUCAAAGUGAAUCCCAAGACGGCUUUGGAUUUCUUCCGAUUAGCUUCUGAUUCAUUUAGUUUCUCCUUUAGUCUCCGUUCUUAUUGUUUAUUGAUAGGUUUAUUGCUUGAUGCGAAUCUGUCGUCCCCUGCUAGGGUAGUUUUGAUUCGUUUGAUCAAUGGGAAUGUACCGGUUUUGCCUUGUGGUAAUGGUGGUUUGAGAGAUAGUAGAGUUGCGAUUGCGGAUGCAAUGGCGAGUUUGAGUUUGUGUUUUGAUGAAGAAAUCAGAAGGAAAAUGUCAGAUUUGUUGAUUGAAGUUUAUUGCACUCAGUUCAAGCGUGAUGGUUGUUAUUUAGCUCUUGAUGUAUUUCCUGUUCUUGCAAACAAGGGUAUGUUUCCUUCUAAGACGACUUGCAAUAUUUUGCUGACUUCUUUAGUGAGAGCUACUGAGUUUCAGAAGUGUUGUGAAGCUUUUCAUGUUGUUUGCAAAGGGGUUUCUCCGGAUGUUUACUUGUUCACUACAGCGAUUAAUGCGUUUUGCAAGGGAGGUAAAGUUGAGGAGGCCAUUGAGUUGUUCUCAAAAAUGGAAGAAGCGGGUGUUGUACCAAACGUUGUUACCUACAAUACUGUUAUUGAUGGGCUUGGGAUGAGUGGAAGGUAUGAUGAGGCAUUUAUGUUUAAAGAAAAGAUGGUAGAAAGAGGUGUGGAACCAACUCUUAUCACUUAUAGUAUUCUUGUCAAGGGUUUGACCAAGGCUAAGAGGAUUGGUGAUGCUUAUUGUGUCUUGAAGGAAAUGACAGAGAAAGGGUUUCCUCCUAAUGUUAUUGUAUAUAAUAAUCUGAUUGAUAGUUUAAUUGAGGCUGGAAGUUUGAACAAAGCUAUUGAGAUAAAGGAUCUCAUGGUUUCGAAAGGGUUGUCUCUCACAUCGUCGACGUAUAAUACUCUCAUAAAGGGAUACUGCAAGAGCGGUCAAGCAGAUAUUGCGGAGCGUCUCCUGAAGGAAAUGCUGUCGAUUGGUUUUAAUGUAAAUCAGGGCUCCUUUACAUCUGUGAUUUGCUUGUUGUGCAGUCAUCAUAUGUUUGACUCAGCACUUCGUUUUGUUGGAGAGAUGCUACUACGUAACAUGAGUCCUGGUGGUGGAUUACUUACUACAUUGAUUUCUGGUCUCUGUAAGCAUGGGAAACACUCAAAGGCAGUAGAACUUUGGCUUAAAUUUCUAAAUAAAGGUUUCCUAGUAGACACGAAGACUUCAAAUGCUUUGCUUCAUGGACUCUGUGAAGCAGGGAAGCUGGAAGAAGGUUUUAGGAUUCAAAAGGAGAUAUUAGGGCGUGGCUUUGUUAUGGAUAGAGUUUCCUAUAACACGUUGAUUUCUGGAUGUUGCGGAAAUAAGAAAUUAGAUGAAGCUUUUAUGUUCAUGGAUGAAAUGGUUAAGAAAGGACUUAAGCCUGACAAUUAUACUUAUAGCAUAUUAAUUCGCGGGCUGUUGAAUAUGAAUAAAGUUGAGGAGGCCAUACAGUUCUGGGGUGAUUGUAAACGGAAUGGCAUGAUUCCAGAUGUUUAUACAUAUUCGGUGAUGAUAGAUGGAUGUUGUAAAGCUGAAAGAACAGAAGAGGGUCAGAAACUGUUUGAUGAGAUGAUGAGCAAUAACCUGCAGCCAAAUACUGUUGUUUACAAUCAUCUAAUCGGAGCGUACUGUAGAAGCGGAAGGCUUUCGAUGGCCUUGGAACUCCGUGAAGAUAUGAAACACAAAGGAAUUUCACCUAAUUCUGCUACAUAUACUUCACUAAUAAAGGGGAUGUCGAUCAUUAGCCGUGUUGAGGAGGCAAAACUCCUCCUCGAGGAGAUGAGGAUGGAGGGUUUGGAACCGAAUGUCUUUCAUUAUACAGCCCUUAUUGAUGGAUAUGGUAAAUUGGGUCAGAUGGUCAAAGUUGAAUGUCUUCUGCGUGAGAUGCAUUCAAAGAACGUACACCCAAACAAGAUUACCUACACUGUGAUGAUUGGUGGGUAUGCUAGAGAUGGGAAUGUUACAGAAGCUUCUAGGCUUCUACAUGAGAUGAGGGAAAAAGGAAUUGUACCAGAUAGUAUCACAUACAAAGAAUUUAUAUACGGAUAUCUUAAGCAGGGAGGUGUUUUGCAAGCUUUUAAAGGCUCUGAUGAAGAAAAUUAUGCAGCAAUCAUUGAAGGAUGGAACAAACUCAUUCUGUAACUGAUGAAUAAGUAGAAGAAAAGUUGUGCAUCCUAUCCUUGCGGUUGGCAAAUUGGUAUUCAGUGGCGUUCUCAGUUUUGAUGGUCUUAUUCACGCCCGGGAUAUGCGUCUUCUUCUUAGAGUAGGAACACGUUAGGAUGGGUGAAUGCAUAUGGUCCAUUGCAUCUUACAAGGAGGUGAAUGUGUUCUACUUGAUUCUCCAGCCACAUUCACUUAACAGCUUCGGCCUUCUUCAAUUUUGGGGAGAAAGUUGUUGCUUUUAGCAUCAUAGGCUAUAUGGGUUUAUGAUUUACAAAUCCACAUUACUGGUGCUCGUCAGGUUUAUGAUUGAGUGCCACAAGAUCAAAGCCAUAUGAUAGAUUCUGGAUCAGAGAAGGCACUUCAUACAGCAGUCCUGAAAAGAUUAUACAGCAGAUUGAAUGAAAGAUACACACAUCCUGGACAGUCAAUUAAAAGUUUACACAUGGAUAUCCAUGGGAGCUAUGAGAGUGGAUCAAUAGGUGGCUCUUCUAUUUACAGGUCAUAUAAAUAGAUCUUAAGCGAGUUUUCAUCGGAGUAGUUUAGAACUAAUUCAUGCAUGACACGUCGCUGGGGAAAAUUUCCUCAGACGUGCAGAAUUUUUGCCCCCGGAGAUUAGUGGAUUGAUAUGAAAGGUAACAUUUUAUUACGGUUUCAACUAAUUCGACAGCAUUCACCGCCGAGUAAAGACUUUCGGUGGGAUGAAUUUCUUCUUGUAUACGAUUCUUUUAAAAAUUGUUAAUUUUCUCUUAAAUACUGUAGGUGGAAAAAUAAUGUUUUUGAUGUACAUAAAAUAGUAGAAAGAGAGAAAAAAAAAAAAAUACUUACACUGUUCA